UGUUUAAACCAUAAGAUACAAUUUCUUUCAUGGUUUUGGGCUUGUAGCCGUCUGAGUUUUAAUUUUCAUGGCGCUGCUAGAAGAAUUAUAUGCACUAGAUGAUUAGUGGCUUGUAAAUUAAAGUAGCAAUACCAACCUCACUUUCUUCUCAUAGGCUUCACCAUUUCAGUUUUUUCUAUCUGAUAUAUGUUGAGCUUUAGGUAUUGUCUUAACCAUGUGCAGGAGUUGAUUUCAAGACUAUGCUGCUCACAAUUGGUGGGAAAAGAUUGAAGCUUACAAUCUGGGACAUCGGCUGGACAGGAGAGGUCUGGAACAUUGACAAACACUUACUAUAGAGGUGUCCAUGGCAUUAUUCUAGCAUGGAAUUUACUUCAUCUCCACCCCAACCCCUUGCCACUUGAGCUAGUCCUCAAAAGCCUCAGGCCCAAGGGAUAUGAUAGAAGUGUUGCUGUUCUCCAGGCUUUUAUGCCAUGUGUUGGUAAUUUUUUUCCAACUGUUUAAGUGUUUUGUCCAUGUGACAUUUUGUGCAAACUAAUAUUGGUUAGGGUCGCAUCAUGCUUGGAUGGUUUGAGCUUAACCAAAACAAAAGAUACUGGUUUCAUUAAAAAUUUUUACCCCACCUAGGCAUGGUUAGGAUUUGGUUGAAGCCUUGGCAACUUAAAUUUAACUAUUGCUUGGCUUAACAUGUAUCACUGUAUAUAUUUUUAUGACAUAUGACCAUAUUUUUAAUAUAAGAUGUUUCUAUUUGUUGUUGUUGUUUUUUUUUUUUUGGGAGGUUAAAAACUUGAAAAAAAUUUCAAUUGUAACAAAUUACCUAUAACACUAUGAAGUUAGGUGAUGAUUGAAGGUUUGGUGUCAUGGAAGGUGUUGGGUUAGGUUAAGGUUUGCUCCAAGUUGGGUGGAGGUCCUAAGGACAAAAGGUUCUAGCAAUCAUAAAGAAUGAAAAAUAUCUUCCCUAGCUCAACUACUAAUUGGUGAAUAUUUAGUGGACGACUAGUUUGUGGUUGGAUGUUUGGUACCGGGUUGGGUGGAGGUCCUACAGACAAAAGGCUCUAGAAAUCAUAAAGAAUGAAAAAUAUCUUCCCCGACUCAACUACUAAUUGGUGAAUAUUUAGUGGACGACUAGUUUGUGGUUGGAUGUUUGGUACGAGGAGUACGUGCUCAAGGACUAAUUUCUAGGUCUUUUCUCCUUGCUAGUUGAUGGGAAUGCUUUGUGUAAUGCUCUGCUCUCUCUCAUGUAGAUAGUGUCCACUCUAUACCAAUGGAUUCUCAAGACUUUAAAAUGAAUUUACAUGGUUAAAAGAAUUUCCUACAUAUAUAGUACCAGAAACUUUUUCUCUUAUAUGUGGGAUAUCACAAUUACCCCCCAAUGCAGACACGAUGUCCACAUGAUUGGUGGGCCUCUUGUACUAACGAAUUUAAAGGAUGUCCUUUAAAUGUCAUUUAGCUUAGUUGGCUUGCGGUACGUACACCACUAGGGUUGGGCCACCAUUAAGAGUAGCCAAGCUGUCUUUUCAAUUGUAUAGCGGAGUUUUUUAGUGGUUUAGAUCAGGUUUGUAUAUUUGUGGAAGGAUUCCUCCUCCCUCUCAUGAAAUCUCUAUAUGAUAUUAAUACAAUUCUUGUUUCUAGUAAAAAAAAAAAUGUUAAGACCAAUUCGCCUCGUAACUUGUUGAGUCGACAAUUGAUAUUGCAACUUUUAACCAUGCUUUUUGGUGAAUUGACAUGACACCUUUGUUUCCUAAAGGAAAAGGAAGGAAUGGAAGAAUGCAAAACCCUAUGCAUAUCUAGCAUACUUAGAUGAAGUGAAAUUGAGACAAUUUUUGAACCAAUGGAGAGUUUUAAGUUAAGAUUAAAUGACUUUUGCAUGAAGUCUGUUCCUAUUGUCAGGGAAUUCCUUAGGAAAAAGAAGCCUGUCCUUUAUGGGUUGCAUUAAUGGGUUGUUGUUAGCUUAGGAUCUUGUUUUAGGUUUUUUUCCAUUUUUAAUUUGUUUUUUACAUGUGUUUCUUGUAUGGUUAACUUGUAUCAGGGGCCCUUUUUGACACUUAAUAAUAUAUUUUUUUGCACCUGUUAAAAAAUAUAACUAAAAAGCUACCUGAUUCAUACCUAAUCUGAGCAAUCCGAUAAGUUGGUUCAUCAGGAGUUCAUCUUAUCCAACAUAGGUCUUGGAAAAACUUUCAACCUAAGGUGAGGUUGGGUUGUGAUUUGGUUGAUCUCCAACCUGAUAGCCCUGCAUUGUGGCCUUACUAUUAUUGAGAUAAUAUCCCGAAAAAAUAUUCAAAGAAUCUAAAGUUAUAAAUUAAACAAUUUUUGGAGUUCAAUUUCUUUUAGUUGUUAAAUAGUUUAAUUGAAUUUACUACUUAGUCUUGAAGUGAUGCCAAAGCUUUUCAGUUUAAAAUACUUUAAACCUUCAAUGGUUAUGUUUCAACACUAAAGUUUAAGUACUUAAUCUUUAAUUCUACUAAACAUCAUUGAGAAAAGAAUGAUGGAAAGUGAAUCAAGAGUCAUUGUCCCUGGAUUUUAAAUUCUUCCUAUAUAUUUAUAUAGACAAGAGUUACUGUUUUAUGGAGACUAUAAUUAAAUGGUGUAUUUGUGAGAGUUAUGGAUAAAUACCAAUUGAGGGCUAGAUGGGGAAAUUAAGGAGAGAUGGUUCCAUCAUAUACUGCAUGGACCUACCUGCACCAAAAGAAAUGAUAUGGUUCUGGUUUAAGGUGCUAAAAAGAGAAAAGGAGGGUAAAAAUAAUAUGGUUGAGUCUGUGCAUGUGAUUCAACAGUUGAUAUCAAUCUUGAUGUAGUUUAAGGUGCAGUUGGAUUUGUAUAGCUCACUUCAUUUAUUGGGGAUAAGGUUUUGUUGAAUUGAUUUUAGAAUACAUUUUUUUUCUUGUUUAAAAACAAAAAUGAAGUUCAUGUUGUUUAUCCUUUAUCUGCAAUUUUUUUCCCCUGGAACCUUUGUCUUUAUUGUUAAUUAUAAUUUAUUUUAUUAUUUAUUUAUUUAUUUAUUUAUUUAUUUUGUUGUUGUUGUGCAAAACAAAAAUCUUAGGAAAGAAUCAAGAAAGAUUUGUUUUGAUGGGUGGAGGUUUGCCUCACUCCUGUCCUAUCCAAUUGAAGUUACUGAUAUUGAACAAUGGCAUUAUAAUGGGUUUCAAUUGUACCCUGCUAAUAAAUAUAAUGUGAGAGAGGCUUAACUUUCUUCAUUGAGUUAUUGGUUUUUAGGGAUAUUUCUUUAUGCAUUCAUACUUUACCUUGUUGAACUUUCAAGAAAAUGCAAUAUAUUGUAGAUUGGAUGAUUUCUCUUCUACUCAAAGUGAGAAGAUUAUUCUGCAAAAUAUCAUCUUCUUGGGCUUUGUUGUCCUAUUUCUCAUGUUGUUUCUGUUGAUCUUGAUUACCUCCCUUUAUGUUUUACUUUGUCUUUAAAAUUAACCUUCCAGCCUUCCAGUGUUGGUGCUCCAAGUUUAGGGAUGCAAAAGCUCUAAAUCUAGAGUUAAUAUUCAUCAAAAUUGACCUCAAAACAUGAAAGAAGGAAACUUUUGAUUUUGCUGGGCUCUAAGGAAGCUACUGUUAAGUAAGAUCUCUCUGUUAGACUAUACUGAUAAAAAAAAAAAAAGGAUCUCUCUGUUAGACUAUAUCUAGAUGGUUGAAUAUUUUUUGGUUUACUAAAGUUACAUUUUUAUUUUUAUUUUUCUUUCUUUCUUUGGGAGGGGAGAGGGGAGGUGUUUGGGAUGGGUGAAUGAUUUAUCUAUACUAUGUGUUGCUCUUCAAUUUUUCUUAUCAUUAGUCUAGAAAAAUGUAGAAUGCCUUUGCCUUGCAAGAAUCUGUUGAUUGUUUCUCUUGGGUAUGAUGGCCAUUUCCUCGGAGGGCUACGGAAAGAGGGAGGAAUGGUGUGUUUUUUUAGCCACUGAGUGAUUUGGUUGGAAGAAUCAGUAGGAUCUUUGGGAAAAGCGGGGAACAGUGGAAGAAAUAUGACACAUUUCAAUUCUUGAUCUCUCUCUCAGUGUAUGUGGCUAUGAAAUUUUUGUAUUCUGCAGAGUCUCAUUGCUAGGAUAUUGUAGGCUGCUUAUAUGGAAUGCAUCACAAAGAGGAAUUCAUUAACCAGGAGAUUGGUCUUCCAUAUGGAAGUUUCCAUCUGAAUGUUCAACGGAUGCUCAGUAGGAAACCUCUAGGCUUGAUGGGUUUUUGGGAACUCAUAAAGAUAAUGGUGGGGAAAUGCUAUGUGUUUUUUCUCAAACCGAUUGGGAAUAGAAGUAGUGAUGGACUUGAAAGAUAGGAAUCUCAUGAUAAAACUAGAUUCCUUGGUUGUUAUCACUUAAAGAUUGCCUAUGUUUUCUUUCAUGUUGGGGGAAACACAAUUAGAUGAAGUUAAUUCAAACCCGCUUGGUAAUCCAAGAACAAUCCUUACAUUUAGAGUCCUUUUACAAUUAAGAACUUAUUUCAGUUGUGUAUCAUAAGAAAUUCAAACAACUACUUCAAAUAUAGUAUUGGAAAGCACCUCUUGUGGAAACCUCAAAUUUGAACAACUAAGAGAGUCCUUGAGGCUGGACCAUUGGAUGAGGAGAAUUCGUGAUCCAGGGACCUGGGCUCUUCCCUUUUAUGCAGGUCCAGGUCUUACUAGGAAGCCAAUCUGUUGGCUAAGAGGAGAGCUAGGACCUUGGAGGGGUUUGUAUGGGAUGAUGUCCCCACUUGAUUUGUUGUAGGACCAAUAUUUCCUAUUGAUGGAGUGGCCUUUUGGGUUGUAUUUUUACCUUGGCUAUUUCCUGCUUUCUUUUUGAGAAGGAUAGCCCUUCCUUGUACUUCUUAUCUUUCUUCUAAUAAUAAAUUUGAUUUUUUCAGUAAAAAUGCAUUUAUGCUGUUAACCAAUUAUUCCUGUCAGUGCAGGGUUCUAUUCUAUUCUAUUAUUUACCCCCCUCUUUUCAAGGCUUAUUUUGCAAUUUCAGCUCCAACCUCAAGAAUUUAUAACUGGUAUGGCACUGAACUUCAUUUUUUUCUCGAAGAGUCAGCUGCAAGGAUCAUAAUUUUGCAAAAGUUUAUUGUCCCAAAAUAAUUUCAAAACAGUAAUAGACUAACUUUUAAGAAGUUAUAUGCUUCCUAUAAAAAACUGAAACGUUUGGAUCCUAUUUUGCAUCAAAGUUCAUCUUCAAGCUCAGUUUAAAGAAAAGAGUGGUAGGUUUUUGAAGUGAAAAGUGUUGAAUGCUCUUAGUCUUGUGAUUUCUCUGAUAGUUGUAGAGAUUUCUCCUCCCCUGUUACUACCAACAUUAGCAUUAUAGUGAUGGUUCAUUUGAAACUAGUAUCAUUUGGAUACCACCUUUUAGUUCCCAAUAGGUUUUUUUUUUCCAUUCAUAGAAUAUACCAUCUUUUGCUUUUCAUGGACACUAAGCACAUAGGGCAAACACUACUCAGUUGCAGAUAAUGGUGUGUGUUCUUUUGUUUUUCAUUGACACUGAGGACAUCGGGCAAAUGCUAACUUUUGCCUUUGAAGUGAGCACAGGAUCCACAAUCUUGUGCUGGUGCAGUCAUCUAUUAUUUCUCUCUUGCCAAUUUGCAAACUGUUUAAAACCUUUUCUGACUUCUACAGGACUGCCUAUAUUUAGCUGUAUGCUGACAACAUUAUCAAGUGGUGUGGCACUGACUCAGCUUGCUGGGGGGAAUUCCGCACUUGCUCUUGCAAUGACAGUUAUAUCUAAUCUCUUGGGAAUUUUGAUUGAUAUAAUUGCUCGUUUUGGUGAACAAGAGGCCAUGCCAAGAGAAUUCUUCACUGAUUUUGUGAAGGUGGCUCAGGAUGAAGGCAGGCACUUCACCCUCCUUGCAGCACGACUUGAGGAGCUGGGUUCAUUCUAUGGAGCAUUGCCGGCUCAUGAUGGACUCUGGGACUCAGCCACUGCCACUUCCAAGGAUCUGUUGGCACGAUUGGCAGUUGAGCACUGUGUCCAUGAGGCCAGAGGACUUGAUGUGCUACCCACAACCAUAUCUCGUUUUCGCAAUGGAGGUGACAAUAAGACUGCAAAUUUAUUGGAGAGGGUGGUUUACCCAGAAGAGAUUACCCAUUGUGCUGCAGGAGUAAAAUGGUUUAAGUACCUUUGUCUGAGGUCUAGAAAUCCAAUCACGGAUCCAUGCAGCUUGAUAUCUCUAGAAAAUGAAGCCACAGAAAGAGAAACUACAAUUGUAGAGGACGAGAAAUAUGUGAUUCAGAAGUUCCAUGCAACAGUGAGGACACACUUCAGGGGGCCAUUGAAGCCUCCUUUCAAUGAGGAGGCAAGGAAAGCUGCAGGGUUUGGCCCUCAGUGGUAUGAACCUCUUGCUGUCAAAGAAGCAACCCAGAAUGAUCAAAAGUAAUUCAGUUUUGAUAGCAACAUCCAUCUUCCUUUUUUUUUUUUGAGCAGAAUAAAUUGUUUCUUAGGUUCUUCCAUUCCCCAAACAGUUUGCCUGAAAGAAUGUGGCAGGACCACCACAAAGUACAUGCACUACUUAUGCACGUCUGCUUCAACUGUUGUUAUAUUCUCAUGGAGAAAAAUUCUUGAGAUGCUUUGUUUGUUUUCAGAAACACAUGGGUCCUCGAUGACAAAUUGACAAUUGUUUCGAACUUUUCUUAAAAGAAAGAUUAUGCUAAUCCUAAAAUAAGGUAAACCGAAAACCUUAUUUUACAUCAA